AGAUUAGGAAGAAGACUGUGGAGAUUAACAAUUCAUCAUCAAGAGUGUGAAAGAGACUUUUUUCAAAGUUUGUCUUUGCAGCUGGUCUCAUCCCCUGACAUGUCCAGUGAGGGGUCAGAUGUGGACUGUUACGUGAGGGACCCUGACUAUGAUCCCAAAUAUUAUGAAUCUACACCCAGUGAUGUGGUUGAAAACGUGGACACGGACUUUGACACUGAUGAGCCCAAAUCUACAAGUACAAUAUUGGCUGAAGAAGAUCAGGGUGGGGAUCAGGAUGAUGACCCAGAUUUUAAUAAAGAAGAAGAUCAAAAAGAAGGACAGGAGGAAGAUCAGGAUGAUGGCUAUGAGGAAGAUCAGGAUGAAGAUCAAGAAGAGGAUCAGAAAGAUGAUCAGGAUGAUGACUGGGAAGAAGGACAAGAUGAUGACCAGGAAGAAGCUCAUGAGGAAGAUCAGGAUGGUGACCAUGAGGAAGAUCAGGAUGAUGACCAUGAGGAAGAUCAGGAUGAUGAUGAUCAGGAAGAAGAUCCACUCAAAGGCAAGUUCACAAUCAGAAAAAAAAAGAACCUAAGAACGUAUGUGAAGGGGCAAAAUAAGAAAACAAAGACAACCAAAACUGAAGUUAGUGUUAAUGUGACUGUUAAGACAUGUACAAAAAGAAAAGACAACAAAAGAUCAUGGGACAAAAAACAUUAUUGUUUGUAUUGCCAUCAGCCAAAUAACAAGAUGGCGAGGCACUUGCAGAGGAAGCAUAUGGAGGUAAAGGAUGUGGCACAUGCAUUCAGCUUUGCAUCAAAGUCAACACAAAGAAAAGUUCUUUUAGAACAAAUUAGAAGGAAAGGAGAUUUUAAGCACAAUGUGAGGGUCCUGGCUGAAGGCAAAGGACAGAUAAGCAUGCAGGAGAAGAGGUGGAACAAACCCGAUGACAUUCACCUCACAAAAAAUGUCAUGGCACUUAGAGAUCAUCUCAGGAUGGUGGAAGACAAAGCCAGAGCUGAACUGGAGCAGCAGCUGAGUUUGACUGCAUACAAGGUGUUAAAUGAGAGCAUUCUGGCACAGCUGAUUGUUUUUAAUAAGCGUCGUGAAGGAGAAGCAUCGCGCUUGACUCUCGAAGCCUACAAAAAAGUCAACACUAAUCCUAUCAAUGAGGACAUUUACAGCACUCUGUCUCCUUUAGAGAAGGAACUGAGCAAACAGCUGACUCGCAUCGAGGUCCGAGGAAAAAGAGGGAAGAAGAGCUGGUGUGCUGACGAACAUACGUGGCUGCGACUGUCUGCGGAAAAAUGCAGAGGAGAGCAAAGCAGAAAACCCUGA